UUUAAAUAUAAUAAAUUAAAAAAAUGUUUCUUAUUUUGCGGACAAAGUCGAUUAGCCUCCUUGGUUUAGCAGCACCAUCAAUGGCGGCGUCUCCGAGUAGCUUAUUACUCACAUGGAUUCUAAUCCAGACCCUCCCGACCUUCUAUCCAGCCAUCGCUGAAGCCCUAGGGGUGAAUUGGGGCAGGGCGGCGUCUCACCCUCUCCCGGCGGAGACGGCGGUGCAGAUUCUCAAGGCCAAUAGCAUCACCAAGGUGAAGCUCCCCGAAGCAGAUCCAGAAGCUCUCGAAUCUCUAUCCGGUUCCAACAUUGACGUCACGGUGGGCAUCCCCGAUUCCAUGCUUCGCAGCUUGAAUUCCUCUUUGAAGGCCGCCCAGAGCUGGGUUCACGAUAACAUCACCAGAUACUUCGCUGAAGGUUCUUCUCGUGUCCGAAUGCAGUAUGUUUUGGUUGGAGAUGAGCCGUUCCUUGAGACUUAUGGCACGGAGUUCUAUCCUUUUCUGGUUGGGGCAGCCACAAACAUUCAAACAGCAUUAGCCAAGGCCAACUUUGCGAAAGAGAUCAAAGUGGCAAUCCCAUGCAGUUUUGAUGCGAUUCAGUCUGAAUCUGGAAUGCCACCAAGAGGAAAUUUCAGAACAGACAUCAACAAAACCAUGGUUCAAGUCCUGAAGUUUCUUAGCCACCAUCAAUCCCCUCUAUUUGUGACGAUUUCCCCUUUUCAGAGUUACCUUCAAAACAAGAAUGUCUCCCUUGAUGCUGCUCUUUUCAAGGAAAAUGUGGGCCCAAGUCACGUGGCAUACAAAAGCAGCUUUGAGUUAAUCUAUGAAACUCUAGAGUCAGCGCUGUCCAGCGCUGGAUUUCCCGAAUUGGAUAUAAUCAUUGGGCGUAUCGGUUGGCCAACGGAUGGUGCUGCUAAUGCUACACCAUCCAAUGCAGAGGUAUUCUUAAAAGGGCUUGUGGAACACCUUAAGGGAAAAUCUGGAAAUUCACCACAGUCCAAAAAACUACCGCUCCAAACUUACCUAAUGAGCCUUUUGGAUGAAGACAAGAGAGGCACGGCUAGUGGGAAUUUCGAGAGACACUGGGGAGUGUUCACAUUCGAUGGACAAGCAAAGUACAAUGUAGACUUUGGGCAGGGCUCAAGAAAAAUGGUAAAUGGCCAAAAUGUCCAUUACCUUCCUUCGAAAUGGUGUGUGGUGAACAACAACAAAGAUUUAUCCAAUGCAACUGCACAAGCGUCAUAUGCAUGCUCUGCAUCUGAUUGCAGCGCGCUGUCCCGCGGAGGAUCAUGUUUCGACAUUGGUUGGCCGGGUAACAUCUCCUACACCUUCAACAGCUAUUAUCAACAGAACAGCCAGAAUGCAGAUGGAUGUAACUUUGGAGGGCUGGGCUUGAUCACAACCGUUGAUCCCUCUGUGGGUACCUGCAGGUUUUUUGUUCAACUUUCGACAUCUGUUUCGGUAUCUCUUCACACAUAUGAUCUUCUCCAUUGGUUAGCAUCUCCCCUUGUAUCCAUUUUGUUAUGGCUACUCCGCGGAGUCAAUUGGGAGUGAUACUUGCUUGUCUUUUGCAGCAUAGUCAUUGAGUGCUUAGGAAAGUUUUGAUUUUUUUCCUUUCAAGAAAGCCCAUAUCGGCAUGCAAUGAAGCCAAUGAGUUUGGAUUGGUAGUUGGCUUAUCAAAGAAUUUGGCCAUUUGGGGUUUCGAUGUAAGGUUUCAUCUGUACUGUUUGGUUAACUCAGUGUAAUUAAAAUUAUGUGUUACUG